AUAGCUACGCUACUAUCAUUACAAAAAAAAUGAAUAUACCAUAAUAUACAUAGUACAUAGUAUAUUCUACAGUGAUAUCAAAUUGAAUGUUAGUAUUCAAAUCGAAAUAGUGUAGUUAAAGUUUAAUGUUUUAUAUAUUGGGAUUGAAAUGUUAUAUAGCGUUAACAUAUAAUUUUAAAAAAUUAAUUAAUGUCUUAAAUUAUCUGUAAACGAUCGAUUAAUAUUUACUUUUUAGAAAGAAGUGUCUUAGCUUCAAUCCAAUGUUGAAGGGGGUUAGUGAUGAAACUGAAUUGCUCAUAUAUUUCCAGUGGAAUUUCUAUAAUAAUUAAAAACAUACACUUUUUUAGAUAAUUUUAAAACCAAUGAGUAUAUAAUAACAAUUAAUAAUUUAUUCUAUUCAAAUAUACAAUUGUAUACAUACACAUUUGCAUACUUGUAUAAUGAGUCAUCUGAAUUUGUGUAAUUUACUAUUUAUUUGUAUAUAUUUGUACAAUAUUUAUACUGCAUUCACUUUGAAUUCAUAAUGGCUAUGACACGUGGUAAAGAUUUCUUAACAGAAUAUUGGUUUGACAUAUUAUUGCGAAUUGUCUUAGUGGGAUUAUUUAUUGAAUUAGAAAAUGCAGAACCAUUUACUAGGAAAAUUCAUGAAGAUGAAUUAUGGUUGUAUAAAAAUCCAAGGACUGAAUCAUAUGUUCCAACCACCAUAUUAUGGCCUCUGGUUUUUAUAAUGCCUGCUAUAGUAAUCUUAUUUGUCUUUUUGGUUUACAAAGACAAAACUGACAUUUAUCAAGCAGUAUUAUCUGUAACUUUAGCAUUAGGAUUUAAUGGUGUCAUUACAGAUAUUAUAAAACUUGUUGUUGGUCGCCCUAGACCAGAUUUCUUUUGGAGAUGUUUUCCUGAUGGACAAACAAAUCCAGAUUUUAAAUGUAAUGGAAAUCCAGUUCUUAUAAAAGAUGGAAAGAAAUCAUUUCCAAGUGGUCAUUCCUCAUUUGCAUUUGCAAGUUUUGGUUUCAUUGCGCUGUAUAUAGCUGGUAAAUUACAUACAUUUAGUUUAAUGGGUAAAGGACAAUCAUGGAAAUUGUGUGCAUUUGUAUUACCGAUUUGUAUUGCUCUCUUAAUUGCAUUGAGUAGAACUUGUGAUUAUCAUCAUCACUGGCAAGACACUAUUAUCCACCAUUAGAUUCACAACUAUGCCAUAAACCAUAUGCUGCCCUUACUCGUCAAAUUCAGUUGGAAAAUGCAAAAAACAAAAAUGAACAAAUCAAAUGGAUUUAAUGAAUAAGAGAAUCUAAAGUAUUAAAAUUAUUACAAUAAUUUAAAUCACAUAAUAAU